UGUCAUACCUGCACUCGCAUCGGGCAUAGUUUCCUUUAAUAACGCAGACAUACUUUUUCAUAUCAAGAAUAAAGUGUUGGAAGCUUGUCGGUCCUGUGAAUUACACACGCAGGACAAAGAAUGACCAACGUCCGACGGUAUUUUGUCAACCACCUGAUCACCUUCUCGCUCCAGAAAGGAGACGUGAAGACCGUGGAAGAGGCUCAGUCUCGCCUCCUCCAGCUGGCUCGGGGCAACAAGUUGUGGAGCCAACAGAUGCUGCUGGAUGUCGGACAGGAUGCCGUUUAUCUCAGAGACAUACAGACUAAGGAGGAGCUGGAGAACUACUCCUUCAACUCCAUUUUCCGCUGCGAGUCCAUUCACUCCAAGGAGCUCUUCCCAUCCCUCCUGCUCCUCGUGUGCCAAAGCGCCAACGAGAAGAAGCCGGACAUUCUCUUCUUCAACUGCGAGAACACCAAGGCAGAAGAAAUGUGCGACAUCAUCACGCAGGCUGUUUCCAAGUCCAGCAAGAGUAAGAACAUUCCCGACCCAAUCAGGCUUCCCCAUAACGGCGCAGACAUGCUCGACCCCUACGGCAUUCCGAGCCCCCCCGUACCGCACGCUCCCAACGCCCCGCCAGUCAACCCCCCGCCGUACCCGGGACUCAGAGCCAACGGAGGCCCUGACAUCUCGUUACUUCGAGCCGAGAGAGAAGUGGGCAUCCUCAAUCACUGCUUCGACGACAUCGAGAGCUUCAUGUCCAAACUGCAGCAGACCGCCGAGGCCGCCAUCGUGCUCAGCCAGAGGAAGAAGAAGAAGAAAACCAAAAAGCAGAGUGCUGAAGACGAUCUACUCACCGUGAGGGCCAGGCCGCCACCCGAAGGGGAGUUUGUUGAUAUUUUCCAGAAAUUCAAAUAUUGCUUCAGUCUGCUGGCCCGUUUGAAAUCCACCAUAGCCAGCCCCUCCUCAGACGAGCUUGUUCAUCAUGUCUUCAAACCUCUGGAUAUGAUGGUGAAGACGACAGGGGGCCCGGCUCUGGCGGCCUCCGUGUCCAGCCCCGCCCUGACCGACGCUGCCGUGUCCCUGCUGCAAGAGAACCUGACCGUGGACGAGAGGCAACUGUGGACGUCCCUGGGUCCCAACUGGACGCACGCUCGCGCUGAGCUCCGAGGGCCGAUCGCUCCGUACACGCCCGUGUUCCUAGAUGGCUGGAAGCCCAACACCUUCCGGGCGGACGGGCAGGUUUGGGAGGAUCCGGUCGAGUCACAGCACAAACACGAAGCCUUCCGGCUCAAACAAGAGCAGCAGCAGCAGCAGCAGCAGCUCAACAGCCACAUUGGUGAUGAAAUAGACACAGGAGACCCAGAAUCUGACAAAGUCUACAGCUGCAGUUACGACUUCAUUGCCAGGAACAACACGGAGCUUUCUGUGCAACAAGGGGAGACGCUCGAGGUGCUCGAGUCAUCCAAGCGCUGGUGGAAGUGUCGCAAUCGGUUCAACCAGGUAGGCUUUGUUCCCUUCAACAUCCUGGAGCCCGUCACUCACGUGGAGAGUCCCGUCACCAGCCGGCCCCCCGUUGCUCCGGCCCCGCCUCCCCUCGCCAAGACUUUCCCCCCUGUUGCACCCAGCUUGCCCCCCCUGCGCCAGAACCCCUCAGUCCAACGCGCCCCGCACAGCGUGCCCACCUACAACCAGCACGCGCCUGCAACAGAGGACAACGAUAGAGUCAUGUUGGUCAACGACGAGCUGCUCCAGAGGCUGACCAACGGAAAAGCCACCAACAGCAAGCCUCUGAUCAUCCCUCGAUCUGCAGAAACCUCUCUCCCUCUCGACUACCAUUCCAGCCCAGCGGAGGUGGCGAGGUGGCUGGCGGGGAAAGGCUUCAGUGAAUCGACGGUGACGUGUUUGGGGGUCCUGACGGGCGCUCAGCUGUUCUCCCUCAGCAAGGACGAGCUGCGAGAAGUUGUCCCGGACGAAGGCGCUCGGGUUUACAGCCAGAUGGCGGUGCAGCAAGCACUGUUGGAGGACGCUCAGAGGGCCACAGAGCUGGAGGCCGUCAUGGAGAGACAGAAAAUGAAGGUGGAUCUGAAAUUGGAGAGCAGCACAUUGUGAGCAGAUGCAUCACAGAUGGACUAUAUAGCUAUAUGAUACAGAAAGAUAAUAUAUACGGUACUUAUCUGAAAAUAGUGUGCAGCCAUGAUGUAAGCUUCCGUCUGUGAGUAUCACUGUGCCUGUUGUCAAUUGGAGUUCACUUUCAUAUUUAACGCAAGCAUGCGCUGUUAAUUUAUAGUUCUCACGUGGAUUUCACCAUCAAUUGACAGUAAUAUUCAGUAAAUGGAAAAAAUACAACUGUAUUUGAAUACAGCACCUCUACCACACAAAGGCUUACCGUGCAAGAAAUGACCAACAGGCAAUAAAGUCUUUAAUAUGGUUUAAUUGAGAAUAUUAUUUUUUUUUUCCAAUAUGAAUUCCAGCGGAACCAAAAAUCGACACCUUCACACAUGUAAAGCGACGCAGCCGUUACAAUCUGUUUGCACGUAAUUACAAAGCAGUUCAGGUCAUCAUGUAUUUUUUAUUUUUUAAUGGCAUUGUACAACUUUUCAAUUGCCAAAACUAACUCAAAUGAAUUUUCUUUAAAUGGUGAACAUUUAUAUGCUUUUUUUUUUUUUUUUUUUUCACUCAAUCAACAAAACAUGAUAGAUAACGCAACGCAAACAUUUCCAACUUUUUUUUCUACUAGACUUCACAUUUCAUUUUACCUUCACUACAUACUGGCCGCGGAGAAGGGGGGAAAAAAUAAAAAAUAAAAUAGGUUGGACGAGAAAACAUGGUGGACAUGUGGAGGGACUUGAAGAAUUAACACUCGCAAAUUCUGCAUGAGGGUUCCUAAGACUUUGGAAGGGCACUGAUCAAACCAAGAACAGGAAACCAAAACUAAUUCCAGACAUACUCCAAAGUCUGUAUAGUAAAAGAAACUUAAUAAAAGAAUAUUCACAAAUGUAUGGUCUGUUUAUUUGAUAAAGAAAGGCCACCAAAUCACCGAGGAUGAAAGUUGGCUUGAAAUUCUGUCGAUUCAUAACGACUGAAUCAGAUUUGGGUCUCAUUAAAGUCAAAGGAAGGAAAAGCAAGGAGGUUUAUGGAGGACUAUGUGGAACAAGAUGGUGACCGUCGUGUGGGACGGACGUUGGCCUUCACGGGUCUUCUCUGUCGUCUGCCCUGCGAGAGUCCGACCUGCCGUUGACGCCGUCUCGCCGCUCGCGCCCCUGCGACUCGUCUCUGGACGAGCGCUCGCGGUCUCUGGAUGACCUGGGCCCAAAGUCACAC